ACAGUUCCUGAGAUAUUUUGUACAUUUGUAGUUGUGUUAGAAAAAUGGCUUUGAAGUUUGUUUGUGCUGUUCUCUUACUGGUAGCAAUGGCGAACGGAAAACCGCAAGGAUAUGGUGGUGACUACAACCAAGGUCGUUCCGUACCAGGGACUCAACACAGUGGCCUAGGUGGAUUCAACCAAGGCCAAGGUUACGGACCAGGCAACCAAGGCUUUGGAGGCGGCAAUCAAGGUUUUGGACAAGGCAACCAAGGGUUUAGGCCUGGAAACCAAGGGUCUGGACCUGGCAACCAAGGGUUUGGACAAGGAAGCCAGGGGUCUGGACCCGGCAACCAAGGGUUUGGACAAGGAAACCAAGGUUUUGGACCAGGAAACCAAGGGUAUGGUCAUGGCAAUCAGGGUGGUCACAGAGGCGGAUACCAGGAGCAUGGCUAUUAGAUGAAGAAUAGUGAAGCGUUUAAUUGCCAACGGCGAAGCGUGAAUAUUAAUUAAUAAACGUGUUAAA